AGAAUUACAGGAAGGAAACCGACAGAGGGAAACUGACACUCAAGUUCUGCCUAUAUAAGUCUAUAAGAUCAGCCACCGGCACGGUAUCAAUUUACUGCACUAGCUUGUAUUGGGGACAUUCAAUAAUUCUACACAAUACAUCCAUAUCUCUACAUUCUGUGACGAUUGUCUUUUAUCAUUGAUGGUUCAGUGACUUUCAUUGGGGUUGACCGCCUCAUAUCUCGUCUCAACAGUUUUUUCUGUAUUUUACAUUAAUCGACAUUCAAUGUCACAUUCAAUUAGUCAAUGAUCCAAUGGAAUCUCUUACAGAAGUGAUUGAACACCAACCAGAUCUCACCAUGUCAGACACGGUCCCCCUGGAACAGAGGUACAAGGCCAGCAUGGUCCUGAGUGGAGCAGGAGAUGCCCUGGGCUACAACCAUGGUAACUGGGAAUUUGAAAAUGAUGGAGUGUUAAUACAUGAGCAAGUUCAGAAGAGAGGAGGUCUAGAGAAGCUGGAUGCCAUAGACUUCCCUGUUAGUGAUGACACUGUCAUGCACCUGGCUACAGCUGAGGCUCUGGUCAAGGUGGGGGAAGGGGCAUCCCUUCCUGAGCUGUAUCGAGUCCUGGUGGAGAAGUACAUUGUAAGCAUGACAGACAUGGCUGGAAGAGGAGCAGGCCUCACCUGCCUCAACAGUGUUGCAAGGCACAGACAGAGAACUGACGAGGACAUUACGAUUCCCUUCAACAAGAGGGGCGGAGGGUGUGGGGCAGCCAUGAGGGCCAUGUGUAUCGGCCUGCGCUUCCCCGACCCUGAGCAGGAGCACCUGCUGAUAGCAGUAAGUGUGGAGAGUGGGCGUCUGACCCACCACCACCCCACAGGCUACCUGGGAGCCCUGGCUACAGCCCUGUUCACGGCCUACGCAGUGAGGGGCACCCUGCCUGUGGAGGCCUGGGGACACAGACUCAUAGAGGUCCUGGUCAAAGCCAAGGAGUAUGUCAGGCUUUCGGGCAAUUGUGUGGAGCUGAACAUGGAGCACUGGGACUACUUUGGAAGUCAGUGGAAGUCCUAUUUAGAAAAGAGAGGCAUUCUGGAUGGAAAGAGCAAACCUCAGUUUCCAGAGUCCUACGGUGUGAAGGAGAGGGAGAGUUUCUAUAGGGCGGUGAGCUUCAAGGGUUGGGGUGGUGCCAGUGGGCAUGAUGCUCCCAUGAUAGCUUACGAUGCCCUCCUGAGGGCAGGCGACUCCUGGGUUGAGCUGGCCAAUCAUGGCUUCUUCCACGGCGGGGACAGCGACUCCACGGCCGUGAUCGCUGCUGCCUGGUGGGGCGCACUGUUCGGCUUCAGAGGGGUGCCAGAGAUCAACUACCAGAGGCUUGAGUACCGUGACAGACUAUCCAAACUAGGGGAACGGCUAUACAAGCUCAGGGGAAAACCUCUAGGUUCUUUGAAAGUGUGAUGCAAAUUAAACCAAUAGAUGGUUAAAGGUGAAAUUCAUUACAUAUUCUGCAGAUGAGUAAUUUCUCCUUUUUUGACACAAAUUUUGUAUCCCUUGGUUUUUUAUUAUAUAUUUUUAAAGAAUAUGACUGGAUCUGGAAAGAUUUAUAGAGUAUUUAUGAUCUCUAACUGCAGUCUACCUACUGACUAGGAGAUGGAGUCAUACGCAGCUGCAGAAUUUGCUGUAUAAUUACAAACAUUUUAUGGCAACGUAAAAUGUUUAAUUACCAGCCUAUAAUCAAUCCUGCUACAGUUGUGCUAUUAUUGUAGCACAUUAGCUAUGGCAGAGUGUAAAAACGGAUUGUUUUACUUCAGAUUAGAUUGACAUUAUUGUGUACAUCUUCAAAAUGGAGACUACAAGUACGGUGGUGACCAGAGGGUGGCAAUGUCUCUCUCUCUCUCUCUCUCUCUCUCAUGGAAAACAUAUGGUUACAUUGCCAAAGCAAGUGAAAUAGAUAAAAGUGAAAAAUAAAUAAUAACAGUUAAUAUUUGACUCACAAAAGUUCAGAUGUCAUAUUAUGCCUAUAUACAGUGUUGCAACGAUACAAAUAGUACAAAAGGGAAAAUAAAUAAAUCAUAUUUACACUGGU